AUGGCAUCAAAGAACGCAAAAUCGAAUACCGAGGAAACAAAUAAUCAGGCAUCACCGCCACCACCGUUACACUCGAGUGACCAAUGGGUAUUGAUCGGAACCGGAAACCAUUAUAAAGGAAACUGGAACCAUAGAACGAUGUCCGGAUAUGGCAUUUACGUUAUGCUUGACGGUAAACAUCAUCACUAUGAAAUUGUUUUUCAAAAAGUACAGGCCGUUACGGCAGCGUCUGUAUCGUUUUGAUUUAUAUAAAGUACUUAAGAAUCUAUGUAAUAAAAUGUACUCGAUAGGAAAUUAAAGUCCUUGAAAAAAUACCGUUUUAAAUUACGAGUAUAACACUAGCCAAAAUAAAAAAUAAAUGACGGUGCUCUGUAGUUUUCGAUUGCAAAAAAAAAAAAAAAAGGGAAUCCCCUUUUUUUAUUCCUCAUGCAUAUAAGUGAACUGAUAUAAUAUUAAGUAUUUUAUUUUUAUCGUGAAAAUCACGAAUUUUUAAACGACCACUGUGUGCAUUGUAUAACUAACCAUGACAAUAUGGGUUUCACAGAUCUCACACUGCUGUCAAUUUAACUUUGAAAAAAAAAAGCUGUAUUUACAUGGUUUCAAUUUUACCUAACCUAACCUAACCUAGUAACCUAACUUAACCUUACUUAACCCGUAUACACGUGAAACCAAAGCAAAAGUUUAUAGGAUAUCAUUUACAGACGAAAAAUAGCCUUGUCAGAUAUUGUAACUACAAAUCACAGUGAUUUUUUCGGUCUUCAGGGACCGUCUACAAAGGCAAUUUCGACGACGGAUUAUUCCACGGUAUCGGCACCGCUUACCAUCCGUCCGGGUCCCGAAUCGAAGGUGUCUGGGGAAAAGGCAAAUGCAUAAAACGAAAUUACAUAUUCAACGACGGUCUCAGGUUUCAACCAGAAAAUUGGCACUAUUGCGAGAUGCCGGACAGAAGGUGUGUUUACGUUAACUUACUAUUAUAUAUAUUAUGAUGUGUGAUUUUUUUUUUUGUUCUGCCUUAUAUAAAAUUGUCUACCAGAAAUCUUACUCUAAUCAUCAACAUUAGUGGUAGGUUUUGGCAUCAAGUUUGUUCGGUAUAGUUGGUGCACUACAGGUGAUGUAAUUUUAUGAUUUUCUCUAGUUGCUCUCUCAAUAAUGGCGAUAAAUAGAAAUCAUUUACGAAACAAAUGUUUUUAUUAUUAUUAUUAUUAAGCGGAUAGACAUGUUUUAAUUUAUUUGUAUUAACUAAAAUUUGAUUAAAACACGAACAAUUAUUGUUAUUUAUCUUAUGCAACACACUGCUAUAGGUACUAGUAAUACUGCUCCGCUCUGAAUUUCUUUUUUUUUUUUUUCUGACAUUUUUCCCAAUAAAAUAACCGAAACUCGUCCGAAAUUAUGAUGGAUGUACAUACGAUAUACAUAUUCUAUAUUUAUUUACACUAUAAGACGAUUAAUCGUAUCAAAACUAUAAAUUCGUCAAAAACGAUAUAGUAGGAAUCUAUUUAUUAUAUAGUACACGAAUACGAUUGAAAAAUUUCAUUAAUUUAACAAGAGCACGUCUGUUUAAUAAUAUAUAAUAUAUGUUUUGUUUAUACUGACAACGACGACGUGUCUGGGAGAAUUAUUCUGAAAUAUUAUCCGACAAUCUGAUUAAUAACAAGCUCUAUAGAGGUAUACACAGCAAUUGCCUGCAAAGAGCGGCGUACCCGAGACGAAACGAAAUCGUUUUAAAAUAUUUAAGUCGACUGUGAAAUUAAUUGGUUUUAAUAAGACGAUCCGUGCACAUGCAUAGGUAUUUGUCUAUAUCUAUUAAUUUAUUUACCGGCGGCAAUUGAAAAUUGUUUUUUAUAUGCACUUGAUAGUGCAUAAAUGCUUAAUAACCCCAUGUGUUUAUUCGAUCGAUCACGAAUAGACAAAUUAUUCAAAUUACAUACUCGUUAAUAUUAUUAAAUUUCGUGUUAUUCUAUUGAUGGCUACUGUAUCCAUAAAGCCCACUGUGCCCGAAGACGGAUGGCAGGAGUCAAUUUCCCACCUGCUUUUUUUAAGUUCAACUACUAGAUAUAAUGGCAAUAUUUUAAACUGAAAAUUCAUAUCAUAAACAAUUUAAAGAAAAAUUAAUUUGUCGUAAUUGCAUUUUUCCUGUAUAUUUUUUGAUAAUAUUAAAUUAUAUACUCGUAUACUUAUAUCAUAAAUAAUAUAGUUUCGUUUUCUGAAAACCAAAUUCAAAAAUAUACCUAAGGUACAGAGUUAUAUUGUUCCUUGUUUCCGUGGACAUACAUUAAUAUAUUAUCUAUAUAAACAACUGUAGUAAGUAAAAAGUAUUUAAGUGAAUAAGUAUAACUAUACAAUGGAAUAAUGUCCUUAGGUAUUACUGUGAAAUGUCUUCUAACGGAUAUCUCCCAAUAGCGGACGUUUUUUUGAGGACGGGAACAUUUUCAUUAUUAUUCAAUUGGAAAACCUUCGAAUAGCGAAAUAAUGUUUAUUUCAAAAUAUAGCCGUUAUUCAAUAAUAUUAUUAAUCAUAAAUCAUUAAAAAUUAAUCAUAAUUACAAAUUAAAGUAUUUUGUAAUCGUAAUCAAUACUAUGAUUAUUGAUUACAUUAGUGUAUAUUAUGAUAAACAACUACAAAUUUUAAUCGUAAUCUUUAAAUAAAUAAUCAGAUUACGAUUUGCCCAACACUGCCUUUACUACACAUAUUAUAUUAUAUUGUACUACAUUUCACACAGAAUAAAAUAGUUUCUAUACUUUGGCUAUACUGUUUUGUUUAGCUUAAUAUCUAUAUGUAUAUGCAAUAAAUUGAUCCAACGUUUUCUAUAAAUUAUAAUGUAUAUGGUUGAUCUAUAUUUCCAUUUUUGAUCAAAACUUUGUUUCAAUAUACGGAUUGGUGAAUCGAAUCCAUGAAUCCGGAUUAUAGAUCGAAUCCAUCAAUCCGUCAAUCUGGAUUAAAUCGGAUUAAUCAGAAUCAUUGAAAUACAUUUUUCAAUCCGAAAUCCGAGUACGAAUUUUAUACUUCUGAUCUUCAUCUAGAUAAAUGUUAUGAACUAUAUAACUAUGUUAUGAAUUAUCUUUUAUCUAUACAUUAUUUUCAAUAAUUUCAGUUAAGAUGGUAUGCAUAUUAAUUUUUUUUUAAGAAUAUUUUGUCAAUACAUAUAUAAAGAGCACCAAUGUAGUACUAUUGAUGUUUAAAUUUAAAUACUUUUGUACGCGUAAAGCAAUAAUUUCGGAAUAUAAAAAUAAACAAAUUAUUAAUAAUAUUAUUAUAUAAUCGAGUGCCUUUCGAGAAAAAUAUCAAAAGCGCGGUUUAAAAAAUAAUAUUUAAUGUAUUGCCAUCGACUGCGGAUGAAUAAUGCUGCGAAAAUAUAAACGGUGAAAUUAUUAUUAUUAAGAGCCACUAAUUAUGAUUAAAGACGAGGAAAUCGUCGAGUUUUUUUUUUUUUUUUGAAAUUGAAUAAAAAUUAACUUUUAGACGCGCAUAAAAAUCGUUUUUGUUUGACGAAUGAAAUACUUAUAAAUACAUAUAUAAAUUUAUUAUAUUACGAUUUUUUUUUCCAUUCAAACGAAUUAUUAAUCGAUCCUGUGAAAUUAAACUUACGUUUAAUUAAAAUAAAACAAAAUGAAAAUCGAGACUGACAAUUUUUUAUAGCCGAACUCGAUUUAAGACACUUAUAAUCGAGUUUUCUAUGUAUACUGCAAAAUAAAUCAUAAAUCAUUAUCCUUAAAAUUAUUCAUCAACGAAAUUCGGUAUUUCGUUGUAUCUUCUUCGUUAUAAUAAUGUUAAAACGGAUCAAAAGCGAACGCGCGCUAUUUAUUAAGACGUUCGCGUAUAUAUUUAUUAACAAACAUAAUUAAUUCAACACCGGAAAUCGUAUUAAAAUAUUUAAAAGAACAACUUUGAAUUUUUAUCAAGCAAAAACGAUUUUGUUUUUUAAUUAAAAUAUUUGUAGACAUUUAUGCAUGUACAAUAUUAUAUAUAUAUAUAUAUAUAUAUAUGUGUGUGUGUGUGUGUGUGUGUGUGUGUGUGUGUAUACAAUUUAUAUGCGUAUAGAUGUACACGUUCAGGAGAAAAACUUACUGUUACUCACAAGACAGUUUUAUUGAUUUUUGACGACAUAUUAUUUGGUGACGUUAAAAUUAAAUUAUACGAGUAUUUCGUAUUUAAUAAAAUAAUAAUAUUUUUUGACCCUAGCCGACAGUAAAUUAUAGACAAAAAAUAAAAAUAUUUUAUUGUUUUUAAUUAAGAAUAUAAUAUACAUAAUAUAGUAACAUAAAGAUGAAGUUAAAAUGCAACGUCGAAAUAAGACACAGAUAUAAGGGCAUAUCGGUUAUAAUCCAUAACCAAUAUAAAAUUUAUUGAUGAGAUAAAAUUUUAAUCCGCUUUAUGGUGGUGGGAGCUUAGAGAUGGAACGUUGCUUGGAUACAAGAAUAAUCAUUGACAAACAGAAAGCUUGAAAAUUAGGGCAAUUUUUUUUUAUAAUUCAGUGAUAAAUAAUCGUAAUAACCUGAAAUUUUCAGCUUAUUAUUUUCACCAGAAAAUCGUGAAAACGCCGGAAUUUUAUGUAGUUAUGUACUAUUUUCCAAUUUAUUCGGAUAAAAGUUUUAUUAGAUCAACAAGAAUACUCUAAAAUCUGGCUGAAAAAACGGACUGUUGUGUAUAAUUACUCUACAAAUUAGUAUAAUUCUGAAUUAAAGUUCAGCAAAACACGAUUUAUCAAACUUCGUUCGGAAUCGUUUUUCGUUAGAAAUAAUUUAUUGUUACAUUUAAUUAUAAGGUAAACUACCCUAUAUAUCGUACGUCCCUAACUUUUCACAUUCCAACCUACAACUGUAUGGCUUAUUCAUAAGCCUUAUAUUGUACGAACAGCGUAGCAGUAAUGCACAAAAAACUGAAUUUUUUGUUUUAGAUUCGUCAUCGAACACGUUAAGGGUUUACAACCAGCCGCUAAAAGUUGGAUGACAAAUUGGCAACCCACAAUCAAAAUCCCGGACGACCAGUACGAUGCAGGUGACGGAUUUUACAGACCGCUGACCAACACGGUCCAUAAUUAUUGGACGAAUGCUCUGAUUAGGUAUUAAUUAAUUCAUUAAAUAUAUAUACAACUCUCUCAAUUAAAUAUAGAUACAACUAUUUUGGUAUAUUUUUUUUUUUUUAGUAAGAUAGCCAUACCUAACUUUAUCUUAACUAAUCUAAACAAACGGGCAAGAUUUAAUUUAAUUAUGCGGGGAACUCGAUAUUAUACAGAAUUUUAGGGACUAAUUACAACACACAAAUAUUGUAUCACUACUGUUGUAUAUAUAUAUAUAUAUAUAUCUGUUAAACAAUAAUAAUAUGAAACUUAUUUCGAACAGUUAUUUUCAUUAUUGUUAAUUUUUUUUAGAAAAUAAUAAUUUUAUAAAAUAUAACGAACGAUUUUAUAAGUAGACAAGUAUAAUUUUUCAAUUAUUUACUACUCGAAUUAAAAAUGCAAAGUCAAAAAUAUAUUACUAUACAGACUACGUAUCAUUAUAAAACGAUUAUUUUGAAAAAACCUCUAAAAAUCCUUAAGUAUUAAAUUUAAAAACGAACUACAUCUGUUGAUUCAACAGAUAUAUAUAUAUAUAUAUAUACGAAAAUACAUUAUUUUCAAUUUCUCAGUCUAGUUUUUGGGAAUUAAUAUGACGUAAGUGUCGCCAACCUACCACCUCCAUCCACUACUAAUGAAAUUUGAAUUUUUUUUUUACCAUUCUGUUAAUUUUGUUUAUAUCGCAUUAGGAUUGACCAAACCUUGUCAUAAAAAAAACAUAAUAUGAAUAAGUGCAUAAAAUAAAAAAAGUUAGAUAGUGGUGAGAGAACUGGCGAAACACAAAAGUACUUUGACGGUAUAUCAUGUGUACUACAAGCACACGUAACUACUUAAAUACAAAUAGGCAUUACAACAUAAGAAAUUCUUGUUCUGUCUAAAAACCCCCACUCAACUAAAAAGUAUCGAGAAAAGCAUCUUCAGUAACUAUAUAUAUUAUAAUACAAUUCUAUCUUAUAUCUUAUAUCAGUUUUGGGAAGUUUUGAGCAUCUUUAGUAGUAUCGAGUAACUAUUGACCCUCAUUUUAAUGUAAAAUACAUAUCACACAUUUAAUGUAAAAUAAAAUAUCAUCUUGUUUUGGCCGAAAAUUAUUUACUGGAUAUAAUAUUUCCAUACGAAAUAUUAGAAUAUAAUUACGUACAGCGCUACAAGUUUCUUCUACACUUACCACUAAAGUAACAAAAAUCAAUUAACAUUACCGUUUAUUCUCCGUGGUACAUAAUAUUAUCCAAUAUUCUACUUCCUAUAUCUAUGUAUUAUACUAUUCAAUAUUAUACAUUCCACGACUAUAGAAUAAAAAAAUCCAAACGUCUGCGUAUGGUACCUAUAUACAACACAGAAGACGAGAGCAACCCGCAAACUCUUAAAGAAAUACUCAACAAUAGAGAUAAAAAAUGAUUCGUAUACAAAAAAAAAAUAUAUAUAUAUAUAUAUAUAAUAUUAUAUAGGUCACCCCUGUCGUUACACAAAACGAAUAAGGAAAUAUUAUAUAUAUAUAUAUAUAUAUAUAUAUAGUUAAAAUUUCGGUAUAUAGGUACAAAAUGAACUUCCAAAUGCAGGUACCUUUGUAGGUGCAUAUGCGAGUUGCGACUGCUCGAGAGAGAAAAAAUAAUGGCGUUAAACGUCACGUUCUAUGAAUGGAGAACUAUUUUACUCCAUGCGAAGGAAUAUUACCUACAACAUAUUACUACAAUAACUGUAAAGAUUUACAUAAUAUUAUAUUAUUGCGAUUCUCGUUUUAGCCGCUUGAUUCGUAUCGCGAAAUGGUUCCAUGAAAAUCAUUAAAAACCAUUAUUUGAUAGAAAAAAAACCGAUUUCGGGUGAAGUUUGAUCGUUAGUCAUAUUUUUAAAAACAUAAAUAGAACAUUGUUACUGCGAAUUGAAUUAAAAUUACCCUUGUAUUUUUGUAUCAAAUUUUUUGAACAGGUAUUUUUAUGUAGAUACGUAGUUACAAAAUUUUUAUCUGCGCAAAUCGAAAAAAAAUAGCAAGGAUAAUAUAGUGAUUCAAACUGAAUAAGGUUGUACAGAUAAAUUAUAAAACUACGCUCAACUAUUUUAGAUUCUAUGUGGAGCAAAGAAUGUAUUAGUUUUACAAAUAUGUUGAAUUUUUUUAAAUGUUUAACUUUUAUAUACUGUGAAUAAAAAUUCUACCCGAAAUCUUCCUCCAAAGUAUCAAUUAUAGCAACUUUUUUGAAAGGGAAUUUUCCUGGAGUUGUAAUUUAAUAUUACUUAGAUUUCCCAACAAAUGGGAAAAAAACGGGAAAAUAUCAAAAAUGUAGGUAUAAGUAAAAAAAUAUUACGCCUUUUUUUUUUCCUUUGAAUAACUUUUACCGACAAAGGAGAUAAAUUUUUGAUUUUUUUGCUGUUUUCAUAAUAAAUGGGAAAACCCAAGAAAAAAAUGGGCAAGACGGGAAAUGAAUAGGUAUAACUGCUAUUUCGUUUUCAUAAUAGCACCACAUCAUUUCAAUUCUUAUAUUUUUUUUUACUAUAACAACAAAACAAAAUCGAGUAACUAUAAAAAAAUAAAUAAUUUUCACGGAAAUAUUCUCAUUUUUUAAACGUAUUUCCGGGUUCACCUUUAACAAAGAACAUCAAAAAAUGAUCUUCUUAAUACACUAACUACAUCAAAUUUUCUACCAAAAACCACUCCUGAAGUAAAUGAUUGGAGCAAGAGUUCUGGUAGAAACAAUUUAAACACCUAGCGUUCCAGACACACAUAAAACUAAAUGUCAAAAUACAAAAUCAUACGAGUACAUUUUCACCUACUCCUACCUUUCAAUCCAAACAUUAACAUUCAUGAACAACAGAGUUCCCUCACUAGAGUUGAAUCCCUCUCUACUAAUUAUGUAUAAUAUAAUUAUUCUUUAUAAAAUGGGUACUAAAUAACCGACUGCAAUAAUAACAUACUAUUAUACUUAUUAUACAACAAUCAUACUACUCCAAAAUAUAAAAAUAUAAAAAUAAUAGAGAUUGGGGUUAAAAAUAGAACUCCAAGAGGCAUUAUUGACACUAACGUCCUUUAUUCCCAUUAUUUGGGGAGUGUUUAGAGAUGUUCAAAGCUAAAAAAAUUACUUCCACCCAGAAUAACAAUCAUGGAUAAAUUCAUAUUGAAAUUCAACUCAACUUUUAUUAUUUUAAUUGGCCUACAAAAAAAAAACGUAUUUUCAAAGGAGGCUAAAAAUUUUCGAAAAAGUUUCGGAAAAUAUGUACAUAUAUUAUAUAUAUGCAGGGUGUCCCUCGAUGAUCUGACACUUGAAAUAACUUUUUUCUAUUUAAUAUUUUUAAUAUAUUUUUUGUUUCCCUAGUUAGUAUAUCUCUGUGCUACAGUUAUUUUUAUAUGUUUACUAUAGCGCAGAGACAUACUAAUUAGUUAAAAAAAAUAUACAUUACAAAUACUGAAUAGAAUAAAAGGUAUUUCAAGUGUCACAUCAACAUGAUACACCCUAUAUAACAAAAAUAAUACAAAGUAAUAGUAUCUCUUUUGGUGUAAAUUUGACCAAAUUGCAAAAAAAAAAAAAUAAAUAAUCAAUUCAUCCGGGAAUUGUAACGCUAUACAUAGGUACCUCUCAUAACUAGUCUCAUCGUCGUUAGGAUUUUAGAAAUGUAAAUUUUUUUUAAAUCUUCUUACCGGUGGCCACUCAAAACCCCACUCCUCCAAGAGUUACACGAACAGUAAUCUAACGACCUUUUCAAUAUAGUAUUAGGUAUAUACAUAAUUUUACAACCGCGUUGGUUUGUUAAAAUAAAACAUUUUCACAAAUAUUGUAAUAAUAUUCUAACUGCAGUGGUCCCUAAGGGUCUAUGUUUAAAUUCCAGCCUACUACCACCACCGCAAAUGCAUUUUGAAAGUUGUUAAACAAUGCUGUCCAACAAUAUUAUAUAGAAGUUAGGUAAAUAGGUAAGUACCGGCCAAAUAUUCCGGACGGGUUAGAUUUUUGUCCCAGUAAAGUUGUUAUAAUUAUUAUAUAGAAGUUCACGGAGGUGAGCGGAUUAUAAUAAUUUGUGCUUCUAAAUCGAGAGUCGUAAAACCUGCUGCAAGACACGUGUGGCUGAGGCCAAAACAUUUCUAUACCUGUAGCCUACAAACAGUUUUAUACAAAACAAUACCUAUAAUACGCCACGGUAAUUUUCAGAAUUAAAUUAGUACAUCACUCUGUGCUAACUAAUACAAUAUAGUGUUAUGUCAUAAAAAGGUAAAAUAAGUAAAUAAUGGUUUUGUAUUGAAUAUUCUCUUCAAAUAUAAGUAAAAUAAAGACAAUUAUUACAGAAAAUUCAUAAAAUGUAAUGAGUUGUUGAAAAAAAAAAAAUCAAGGUGGGAUAUGAUACUCUCAAUCGAGGAAUAUGAGAGGGGGGGGGUUAAGAGCAAGUUCCAACGAAACUCUGCUGUUCACGAAUGUUUUAUUUACACAUAUAAUAUAUUUUAUGUAUAUUAUAUUACGGGAAAGCACGAUUACUAGGUAAAGCUAGAUUUUACUAGUUAAUGGUAGGAUUUACAAAUUGUGCACACGUAAUUUAUUCGGGCUUUUAUUAAACAUUUUGUGUAGAUCCUAGAAUGUACAUAUUGCGUUAUUAUUAAAAACUGACAAUAUGACAAGUAAAAAUUAUAAACAUAUACUACUAAAACAAAUUACUGAUAGUUAUUUACAUUUUUUUUAUACAAAACAAUUAUUAUCUAUUCACACAUAAUAUACUAUAAAAGCUAAAGAAAAAUUAUAAUGUAAACAAAAUUGUAAUUAUACAUUAUUAAACAAUUUAAAGGCGGUUAUUUAAAACUAUAAAACUAAUGAAACGCCGCGCACCGUGCCGCUAGACAAAUAAUACUCCACUACUCUCUCCCUACCUAAAUUUAAAAAUGAUAUUUCGUUAACACGUUGAUGAAAAUCAAAAAUGUGGACACCUAAAUUUAUUCAAAGUAAUGCUCCAUCUAUGUAUGGAAUUUGUUUAGUAUAAGUUCUCAAUUGAAAAACCAAAGAUGGUUACUCUUAAAAAUUCCAAAAAUCAGAAUUUUAAUUUAUGCAAAAUUUAACCAAUAAAACGGGGAAUGAGAAUCACCCUUAGUGAAUCAUCUUGUGUAUAUAUUCUAGAUAUGUAAAACAAAUGUUUUCUUUUCAAUCUAAUAAUCAAUGAGUCAGGAAUAAAUAAAUUUAAUUUCAUUUAUUUACGAAUUGUUGGAUCAAAAUUUACGUAUCAACCACCCCUUAAGCCAUAAGAGAUUAAGUUGAUAAAAGUAACCUGUGUCCAUAUUCGGGAUCCAAACUAUUUCCCAGUUAAAUUUUAUUAAGAUCAGCUUAGCAAUAUAUCCGUGAAAAGGUUACAAACAGACAAACACACUUUCGCAUUUAUAAUAAUAUACCGAAUAAAUAAUUUAAAAUAAAACAUUUACAUACUCGUAUUUUUAUUGCGUACCAUGAUAACGUAUUAUGUAAUUGUGUUUGUUAUGUUAGGACAGUUACGGGGGGUGAAAAAAAUCGACAACAUCUGAUAAGUCUAAUAAUGCUUUCAAUAUACGUAAAGAACAUAUCUAAAACUCCCAACGGCUCUUGGAACGGUCCCAUUUUUACAGACAAAAUGUAUUACUAUUUAAAUUCGAAUUGUGUAAUUUGUCUAACUCAGUCGGAGAAAUUAAAAAAAAACACACGUACCAAUAGUCAUCCGAAUGUUGCCAACGUCGUUAUACCGUAAUAUUUAUGGCUGCCACCAUGUGCCAGACGCGUCAUCCCUAAGGGAGAGUUCCAUAUUUAUAACACAAAGUCACAAAAUAUCUUUUUUACAAUUUACAAUACAAAUUAUCAUUAAUUAGAUCCUAAUUACGAGAAAAAAAAAUCGUCCUAUCAAAUAUUUUAUAAAUUAUUAUUAUUAUUUUAAAUCAUUUAAUGUGUACAGAACUGUUUUAACUUCUUAUAAAUGCACUGAAUUUUGAUACAAGAUUCGUUAUAAGAUAUACCUAGUUGCAAAAAAAAAAAUUAGAGCAAUGUAUUAUGUUUUAAGAUCGUUUGAAAUUAAAAAUUACCAUAAAAUGUUUUGUAGUUACAAAUUAUUAAUAACGUUUUUUCAACGCAAUACAUGUUUAUCACUGUUUACACUGUACAGUAGUAUAAACUAUUACGUAAACUACCAACUAAACAAAUUUCGAUUACAGUGCACUAACUCAGAACAUUGGCAGUAACAUUUGCUUUGUUUUUUGUUUAUUUAAAUAUGGUUUAUACUUUUUGAGUUUUCGUCAAUCGUAAAGUCUCGUACAAAAUUAUUAUCUUUAAAGACUACAUGAGGCACUUUUAGAGGAUAUCCAACUAUCUACUACAUCUCCCUUAUAUAAAAAAAAAUACGAGUAGAUAUACCAAACAUUCACCCUUAAUUGUUGGACUACUUUCCCUAAUCAUCCUCCCCUACCGGGGAAAGUAUUUCCAGCAUACGAUAUAAUUCAUUUUUUUACAGAAUCUACUAACCAGUCAUUAACCAUUUAUUUUCUAGUUGAUAGUACUAUAAUUGGCAAAAUCGUAUUCUACCGGGCGAUGUCCAAUGGAAUUUUACCAUGUUUCCGUUUGAUCAGAGAAAACCUUGAAAAAAAAAAUGCCUUGGAAUAUAGGUAUAACGAAUGUAGGGCGAUACAUUUGACUAGUAUUGUUAUAUUAUAAUUAUUAUGGACCGUAAAAGUGAAAAACGCCGAUCGGGCUCGAAAUUAACAUUUUAAUGGAGAACAAUAUAAAGACGUACACUGUGCCGGUACUAUGACUUCGUAUAAUAUGACGCGUGGAAUACUGAAUAAACGCGCGUGUUUAAUAUGCGAAAAAGAGAGGCUACAUGACGCUGCACAAGGACGUUAGAUGAGAAUAUAACCGACAAUUUUAUAUAUAAAAUUUAACGAUCGUAGAGUUUCAGCGGAAAUCCAAUUAGCUAUACAUAUAUAUAUUAAAUAGAUGAGAGAGAAAGAGAGAAAUUUCUCGAGUAAAACACUGUCGAAUCUUGCGGCUUCAGUGAGUUUUAAGGCUUUUCAACACGGUCUCCGUGUCGCCGUUAUAUUAUAGGCAUUCACAUACAUUAAAAUUAUUAAAUCGAAUUAUUACUAAAUUACAAUAUAUUUUCCUAAAAUGUAUAGUCAUCAUUUUAUAAUUAACAAUUUUAACGUAUAGGGUGGAAGGAGGAAAGGGAAAUUAUACUUAAUAAAAAAAAACGUAUAAUUAAAUAGGUAAAAAAAUGGUCAAUGUAUGGACAAAUUAUUAUUACACAUUGAUUUCUAGUUUGAAACACGAUACAAAACGGAUAUAUUUUAUUAUUAUUAUUUUGUAAUUCAUAUUAUUAUGCGGUAUAGAAACAUAUUAUUUAAACAUGUUGCAUAUUUAUAACCAUAAAGAUUGAAAGGAUAAAACAUUGACUAUAGUUUCAAAUAGAGUAAUAUGCAUGUUUAUUAUACAAUAUUCUUUUAGGGUAGAAUAUUUAUAUUUUUUUUAUUUUAAGUUUGCAGUAUGAAAAAAUUACUCGAAAAAUAGAUAUACAAAAAUCCCCAUAUGAUUUAAUUUUAUUAAAUCCUGAGUACCUACUAUUGAAAUUACGACAGCACAUUUUUGCUUUAUUACCUAUUCGAAAAUUAGAAAUGACAAUUAACAUUACUGUGAAGCCCUCUUAAGAAAACAGUACACUGUGUCGGUCGGACAACUGACGGGCAACAUUGCAAUGUUGCGUUACUUAGACGAACAUAAAUUGAGACGUUUAGGAUGAAAUUAGAGCCUGAACACAAAUCUGAAAUAUUCUAAGGGCUAUGGUAGUUUUUCUAAAUAAUUUGCGAUUUAAAAGUUAUAGUAUUGUUAGUUUUUAUCGAUUUUUUUUCUUAAUAGUUGUAAUUUUUUGUAUGGCAUUUUUCAAAAAAAAAAACCGUACAACCCUCGGAAAUAUUUUCCUUUUCUUUAAAUUUGAUUUUUUUUUUGUUUAAAUUUUAAUUUCAGCCUAAACACCUUAUUCUAUGUACUCAAAAACUUAAUUUUCAGAGUAUAACGCUCUUUUGACAUAAAGUCAAAUACGACAAUAACUUGCUGACAUUUUUUUAAAUUAACUAAACCUAACCUAACCUAUAUUACCUACUUUGAUUUCAGAGUGCCGACGGUAGAAGGUGGUAAGUGGAUUAUGGAAAACUGUCGACGGGGCGGCCAUCGAAUCGUGGGUUUCCGACCAGAAUUACAUGAAAAUUGGUACGAAACAAAUAAAAACGUUUCAUCCGUCGUUGACAUCAAACCGAUACCUACCGAUGAUGGCGAGUCAAUGAUCACCGAUAUUAAAACCGUUCCGUCACCCGUGUUCGAUUUAUCAUUACAUAACAUAAAGUACGUCGUACAUCAGGACAGUAAAAGAGAUUGUUUAAAAAUAGGAUAGAAAAAUGAUUCACGUUGAUUCGGAGUGUAACGUGGGAUCCAUUGGUUUUAGAACGAUGUUUUUUUUUUUUUUUUGUCUGUGACCAACUUUUCGUCCAGAAAUAUUAAUCUGAUAUAGCACCUACUAUGUGUGGUGUAGCAUCUUUUCUGAAUGGAAAUUGUACCUGGUGGAUGAAUAAGAAAGGUCAUAUUUUAAUUUCUCAAGACGUUUUCAUUAUAAUUAGGAAAAGACCGGAAACAAAAUUGUAGGUACAAUAGCGAAUAUUUACAGCGCACUAAGGCAUUAUAGUUUCAUUAUUUGAAAGUUUUGCGCUUUAUGUUUUCUACCAGGAAUAUUAUUCCAAUAGGAAAAUAACAAGAGACCAUUUUUAUUGAAUUUUUAAUUUAGUUAUAGUAAAUAAGGAAGUCGAUUUUCUCAGUAAUUCAAUUAAUAAUUUGAGAAAACUGGAAAAAAACAUAAAAUGAAAACUGACAAAUUUAUGGCGUUACAAUUUCAUUAUUUUAAAUUUGUACGCAUUCCGUUUCCUAUCAGAAAUAUUGCUCUAAUAUGAAAACAACAGAAAUCUUUUUUUUUUUUAUAAUUUUUAAUCUAGUUGGUAACUCAAGUCGGUCUCGCACGACUGAUGUACUUGGCCAAUAUUUGUCACUGGUGACAAAUAUUAUGACCAACACUGGUCUUUACUCCCACACAACUAUUGUAUAUUUACAAGUAUUUAUAGCCAGCAUCAUUGCCUAGCACUGGUAUAAACUUAUCAUGGCAAUUGUAUAUUUUAAUUUUUUAAUUUUCAGUAAAAUAUUUAACUUUUUUAACUCGUACGGUUGUAAUUAGGUGUUAUUCCACACUCUCUUAUAUCAAAAUAACAUGUCCUAAACCACGAUUAUAUUGUAACUUGUUUACAGAUUACUCACACAGCCAGUCAAACGGCAGUAACUAUACAAUGUAGGAGCAAACGCCAAGUUUAGUGUAAAAAUUGGUGGUCUUUGACUUCUUGAUCAGGUUUACUAACAAUCCACGGGUACGAGCCAGUGACUAAAAUUUCCAUAAAACUGGCGAAUUAUCACCAGUGACAAAUAUUGGCCAAGUACAUCAAUUGUGUGAGACCAAAUUAAUAAAGUUGAUUUUCUUUGUAGUUUUAUUAAUAAUAUGGAAAAACCGAAAAAUAUGUUGAAAGAAAGGAAAUAAUUCUUUUAUUAAGUAUUUUAAAUUUUAUUUUUGAAAUUUAAUUCAGUUAAAAUUAUUCGUAGAGAUUUGAAAUUUUAACAGAAAAUCGUAUUCAUUUUUUCUAGACGUGUCUCGUGGAAAAAUUUUCAAAACAUUUAAUCUAUUUUUGAACUAUUCAUAGACAUUUAAAUUUGACAAGUUUUUUUCGUAAUUUUUUUUUUUUUAGGUACUCUGUAAAUAAAAUUGUUAGACUUAACAGAAAUACUUGAAAAUUUGACAGGAGGUUCAUUAAAGCUGUACUUAUUGGUCAAAAAAAAAAAAUUGAGUGUACCUAAUUUAGUACAUUUUUUUUUUUAUAUUAUAAGUGUUAUAAUAUCAAAUUUUGACAAAAACCGAAAAUAAAACGGUCUUUCAAAACAUGUAUAACCCGAAUUAUUUUUCGUUAGCAAUAGUUUAUUAUUGGUGACAGGUAUAAUAAAUAACUCUAUGUAUCCUACUUUUCCAACUGCCCACCCAUUUUUCUAUUAUUAUUAUUAUUAAUGUGAAAACCAUGUUAUGAGAUUAAUUUAAGAGUUAUUGGUCAAAUUCAAUAAUUGUUUGUUAACUAAAUGGAAUUACUUACAAUAGUCUAUUCCACUAUGCUAUUCCAUAAACAAUAUAAAUCGAAAAAUAGUAUGUAAUAUGAGGCAUAAAAAUGAUAAUAAGAUAAGAUAUGAGUGUACAUCUUUUAUAUCACUUAAUAGCUACAUGUUGCUAAAAUAUGUUCCGAAGAACAAAAACUGUAAAAUAUGCAAACAAUAUUUGCACGUCUUGUUAUGUGCAAAAUAAAAUUUAGGAUUUAGAUUCCUUACAUGAUGAACAGUAUUGAUGUAUUGUUCUCCUAUUUUUUUAAUCUUUCGAAAAUAAUAUGCAAAUGCUAAAAAUUAUACUAGCUAUCAUACUUUCCCGAACAACGUCGUAUACUCCUCUGUUUAUCAACCUUGUUUUCUCGCCCAACACAAGUCUAAAAAUCAUUGUUUAUAUAUUUUUUUUAAAUCGUUUUACCAUUGAUCGUGUACAUGUUCUUGUAACAUUGGACUCCGGCCUGUUAUAAUGAAAUAAAACUAUAUAAUAUAGGAACAUUAGAAUUACAAUUAUUUGAUCAAUUAACUAUUUUCGAUAAUUUGGCCAGUAAAUUUUACGAAUUGUGCCACGUUUUUCUGAAAUCACUGUUAUAAUAUCCAUUCUAUAAAAUGCAAUUAAAAAUAAACUGCACAAAACCACGGACGAUAUUUCGGAAAUAAAUCGAAAGGCAAAAUAGAGGAAAUUCCAUAAACGUCAGGAUUUUCGUUUUAUUAUAUCGUGCGCCGAUUCCGCAGACACCGAUUAGAUUUAAAGGAAUUAUUUUUCGGUAUCUACCUUAUAUUUUAUAGUGGUACCUAAUGUAUGAAAAAUUACCAAAAGGAAAUAGUAUAAAACUAUAAAAAUAUUUCAUACCUACCUACUACCACCCCCAGUAGUCGUAUUUUUUGUUCUUACGGAGUAAUUUCGUUUAUUUUGAUCCGCGAGUAAACCGUUUAUAUUCGUAAAAGUCCGAGAAACGAAAAAAAAAAGAAAUAUUAUGUACCGUAAUAAAUGUUAGUGAUAUGAUAAAAUAAAAACUCAUAUUCUCUUAUAUACACAUUACACAUGUGUAUAUAUUUUAAUUUCAUAGAUAUAUUAUAUUAUAAGAAUAUAUACCGUGAGCGAUUAUAGUGAUAACAUUGUAGAAGCUGUGAACAAAAUAACAAUAAUAAUAUUCAACAAGUAGGUCAGUGCCUAACAAAAUCAUGACAGACGAAGAUUACCGAGAUCACGAGAUCAGUAUUUUCGUGUUUGAUUGUUUGUUUUUAAGGUGUAAAUAAUAUUUUCGGUUGUGGUUUAAUACAAGUACCGUUUCAUUAGACGACGGUAGGUACUAGGUAGGUAAUCUACAUUUUUAAUUUACAACUCUGGUGUUUAAUAUUAUAAUAUUACACUAUUUACCAUCUACCUACUUAAAAAAAUGUCUAAUAACUUUAGCAAAUAAAUGUCAAAUUCAACACACGAUUUAUUUAGCGAAAAAUAUAUUUUUAUUGAAACACGAGAAGUGAAAAGAGGUAAGCGGGGAAAUAAUUGUAUAUCUAACUGUUCAUAAUCCACUAUAUUAUAACAUCGGUUAAUCUGAGCUUCAAAUGUGCAUGUGUAACUCACAAAUAUCAUUAUGAGAAUUUACUCUCUCUUAAAUGAACUAACAAAAGAUCCGGACAUAAUAUUCUUAAUAUUAAUUUAAUAUACUUUUAAUAUACUUAAUACCUAACUUCGAAUUGUUUUUCAUUAGCAAUGGUUUAUCGUAGGUAUAAAUUAAAUAACUUUAUGUAUCCUAUCUUCUCAACUUCCCACCUACAAAAGUCUACACCCGUCUUCAUUAUCAGCAUUUUUUUUUUAACUUUAUUCUUCACACACACAUACAUUAUCUGUAUAGGUAAUCUGUAUUUUGUUCUACUUAUUAAUAAUUUUGAAAUACAUAGAUGAAUUAUUAAUAUUUAGCCGAUACUAUAAAUGAGCUUAUUGAGUAUUCUUAGGAGAGCUAAUUUUAAACUUGGGUACAAUAAAAACCCGCCUAGUUGUGCCUUUGCCAGUGAUUCAUUUUUCGCUCCACCCGAAAUAAACUAAAAUGAAAUUGCAAAGUGCAAAAAUUAACACAAAUGUAAUAUUAUGAACUGUUAUCACUUGAUUUUACACAUCUAUAUGAAGAAUAGAAUUAUUUAAUACUAGUCACAUUACUCUAUAUUAUUGUCAUAGGUUGCAACAAAAUAUGUCAUCGUUUUCUGGUUGUCAGCCGAACCAUUGUCAAAAAACCGUGUUGACGGCCCACGACGAACGACCUCGGUCAUCUUCCAACGAUGAAGAAAAUCAUCAAUAG